UGCUGGGAAACUGCGCAUCUCUAUGACAUUCCUACUGAAUCUGAAUGAAUUCUGGGUGUGUUUUAUGGAAACUCAUAUAUAUGAGUGAAACUACCUUGUGUCCAUUACAUAUGUACUACUAGUUGUUUAGAUGCAGUAGACUACGCUUACUGCUGUCUCAACUUAAUCUCACUUUUUUAACUCACUUUGCGAAGAAGUGGAUUUCAGCUUGACCUGAAACUGCGCAAACCUCUUGAUUUUUUUUGGGUGGAGUUCACCUGAACAACAGAUAAACAACGAAAGGAAAAAAUAAUAUUGAGAAAGAAAUGCUCAAUAUGGAGUCAGGAGCAAAAGGACCGUGGUCAACAGGCAUGGGAGAGAAUAAUCCAGAAGAAGAGCUGAGACUGAUCCUGAUUGGAAACACGGGAUCUGGGAAGAGCGCCUCAGGUAACACCAUCCUGGGCCGACAACACUUCCUGUCUGAGUUUAGCGGAAGCUCCGUUACCAAGGUCUGCCAGCUGGGGAUCUCUGACUACCCUGUGGAGAGGGUGGUGGUGGUGGACUUGCCAGGUUUUGGAGACACACACCUGCCCACGAGGAAGAUCAUCACGGAGAUCAGUCGAUGCAUGUCCCUGACGGCCCCUGGCCCACACGCCUUCCUCUUGGUGCUCCCACUGGGACGCUACACAGAGGAGGCGAGAAAGGCCGUCACUAUGAUGGCUGCUGUAUUUGGAGAAGCGGCGGUCCGCAACCACACGGUGGUGCUGUUCACCAUGGGAGAUAGACUGAAGGAGCCCAUAGAGCAGUACCUGGCCAGCGCACCUGCUAGCCUCAAGGGUUUGAUUGACAGGUGUGGAGGCAGGUACCACGUUCUCAACAACGAGGCACCCAGCGAUGUGCAGCAAGUUCACAAGCUGCUGGGAAAGGUGGAGCAGGUUGUGGAGGGCAACGGUGGAGGGUGUUACACCAACGCCAUGUACCGGAAGGCAGAGGCAGCAAUCAGAGGAGAGGAGGACAGGGUUAGGAGGGAGGAGGAGGAUAGGGUAAGGAUGGAGGAGGAG